UGGCCACCCAACACGAGGAGUCAGCCACCUGUUGGACGCCGCUGUUUUGCUGUCGUCUCGUUAGUCCGUGUGUCUCGUCUCAGUGAGUCGGGGGUUCGGAACGCUGCAGGCUGGGAGUGAGCAGUGCGCGGCUGCACGUCAUCCAGUAAGCAGGUGCGGACAGGAAAAUUUGAGAAAGAGAAAACCGUCAGAUACACGUCCUCGGUGGUGCAUUUUUGUUGCUAUUGUUGCACUCAGGACCUUGACGGGUGUCUGUGGUCCGUCGCAGCUUAGCAACGCCCCUGCAGGCAGCCAACCACACCCACUGCAGUGUCUUAUCCUCACUUCUCUCCAGAAAGUUCCACCACCAACACGCGAGACAGUGUUUAGUGAUACCGUGUAGCUCUGCCCGCCCGGUCCCUCGACAGCCCGUCCUCACAUAGUACGAACUCGUCCCCUACCGGACCCUCUACAGCGUCUCACAAUGCCGCUCAUGGCGAUGCAAAACGUUGACCUGAACUGUGCAGGAGAACCUGAGACGCUUGAGCCCCACCACCGGGACGCCAUCAAGGAGAAUGAAAUCCUCAUCUGGAUCUACAACAUGAUCGACGAGGUGGCGAGAGUCGACUUCGAGUUCUUCCUCAAGGACGGCUGCAUCCUCUGCAAACUCAUGAACCGCAUCAAGCCCGGGUGCAUCCCCGAGGAGACCAUCACGUGGGAGGGCGCGCGCAGCAAGCAGACCAACAUCAAGAACUUCCUGCACGAGGCGGAGGCGUACGGCGUGCCCAAGGCCAAGCUGUUCCACGUCGAGGACCUCCUCCACCUCAGACACAUUCCCAGGGUCGCGCGAUGCAUCUGGGCCCUCGCUAAGCAGGUGGCCGAGGACCCCAACAUGGGCGCGGACUGUCCCAGGCUUGGUGACGAGCCGAGCUUCAUGCAGGAACAGAAGAAGAAGGUGGACGUGCCCGGACACAGGGACACCAAGGACGUGUUGGCGCAGCUCACCGCCGAGAAGAAGAAAGAGGAAAAGAAGUCGACGAAGCAUUCUCUGUACAAUUAAUGGCCGUGGGCAGGAGAAUGGAGACAGGAACAGACAGCGAAAACAUUGACGAGGAAAGUUUUCGAGGAAGUAUUUUCAACGGAGCCGUGGCUGUCCAUAGAGUAGGUGACCAAACAAAUAUGUCGUCUGCACCUGUAGUAGGUUGUCAGGUUGCCAGGUAUUCGUCACGCACAGGACGGGUUGAAGUUGUUAGUCCAGUAGUGUCUGCAGUAGUUGGUUCCCAAAUGUCUCCUUAGUCUCCUCUGGUUAACUGUGAUUCUCAAAGGGUUUCUUCGAUUUGAAUACGUAGCGGAGAGCAUGUGUCCUGCACUUCCUGCAUGUGAGAUAUUCUAAUUAUUGAUAGACUGUAGGAAAUAGGAACAUAAACUUCCUCAAAAUGAAGUUUUUGUAAUGAUCGGUUGGAGAACGUAGAUACUGCACAAAAUAAAGAUUUGUAGAGGAUAUGUUUUACAGAAUAGAUAGUAGAAGGCAAUUUUAUUUCAUGCCUUUAUGCUAGUCUGAGUUGUAAGUAACAUUAAGUCUUGGUGUUCGGGGCCUGGUGGGCAGCCCAGCACCACCGCCACGCAGCGCCGCAGCCUCGUGGAGUUCACUGAUUUUGAGCCCAGCGAUUAACGCUGACCAUUGAACGAGAAACGAAGGUUGGGCGUAAAUUAGGAAAAGUGGAGCAAAUAUUGGGUAUCUAAAUAGUAAAAACCAAGUAUGAGUAUCUACGUCAGGCGGUGCUGCCCGGGCCGGUGUGGGUGUGGCGCCAAGUCUCGUUCCCCUGAUUUGGUUUGUCCGGGCUUUGUUUACAUAUACAAAGAGUGGAUGAAUUUCGACUCGGUACCGUGUCUUUUGUCGACUGCUUGUCGGGAUCUGUCCCACCCAAGUUUAUGUAUAUUUUUUAUAAAAAUAAAUGAUGAUGUAUGUAUGUAUAUAACUAGGAUAUCAACAAUCACUCUUCUUCUUGUUCUUUUGGCCUGUUCCACUUUGCAUCGCUUUUUAGGUCCUCCUUGGUAUUUCUUCACACUUAGAUGCUUCUCUUAGUUACUCUGUGAUAGUAGAAGUUGGGUUCCGCGAUGCGCAGAUCAGGAUGGGACAAACCAAAUCAAGGGGACGAGACACCGCCACACCGGGCUUGGCUGCGUGUGGUGGGCGUGCUGCUGCCCUCACCACCUCAGGGCCUCGGUCACGAAGUCACGUGUUGCGUCAUCGUCAUCGUCAGCAGGAAGCUGACGGAAAAGCGCCGCCAACACGUAAUCAAUCCCUAGGUUUAUUAGUUGUUAAUACAUGGGGUUUGUUCCUUGAAAUCAACUUUAAUUUUCCUUUUCGAAACAUAAAAGGCUUUCUUUUUUGUGAGAAUACAAUAAAGCCUUUUCAUUAGA